UAUAAAUAUAAAUGCGAUAAACAUGACAAACGAUUAGACACCUUUGGGCUUAAGAAAUCUCUUGCUCUGCUUCUAUUUCACCGUUUAUAUAGCUCAAUUCUAUUCCAUUUUUUCUCGUGAAAUUCUAGGGUUAGGGUUUUUAAUUGUUAGCAAAUUUUGUAUAUCAAAGUUUGUUCUGCUUACGCUAGCUCUACCCCAUGGAGUCUUGUAUUGUGAUCAAGGUCAAGUAUGGAGAGACGCUCAGAAGAUUCAAUGUCUGUGUUGCUGAUGAUAAACUUGGUAUUAACAUGGAUGGAUUAAGGGAAAAGAUCUUUCAACUUUUCAACUUUCCUCUCGACAGCGAGCUUACGCUGACAUACAUUGAUGAGGACGGUGAUGUUGUAACACUUGUUGAUGAUGAAGAUCUGCAGGAUAUCACAAGGCAGGACCUUAAUCCCCUGCGAAUAUCUGUGAGAUUGAACACUGAAAAAAUUAGUACUUCAGGUACAUCUAGUGGAAAUUCUACUCCCUUCAUAUCCCCACUGGUCCAGCCUACAUUUCCGAACAUAAAUUCGAGUGUUUCUGAUUUUCUCAAGUCCUUGCCAGAAACAAAAAGCGGAAAAAUCUUAAAGCACUCUGCGGACAUGGCUUCUAAAGCCUCCUCGGCUGCCCGAGAAAUGGCUGAGAUUACCAAAGCACUCUCGAAAACUGGCAUAUCCUACUUAAAGCAGGCUUGUCCAGUAUCAGGAGUCACUACAGGUGUGAUUCGUCCAAUAGACUCAGCUGGUUGUUUCUCACAUGAAACAACCUCACAAGCAUUUCCUAGCGUUAAAAGUGGAGAGCCAUCCCCAGCAGCGAAUGCUGAGGAGCGGACCCUCAAAACUGCAGGACAACCCAACAAUCAUACUGGAUCUAUAGAUGCCUCAAAAUUGAAGUCUUUCCAACCAGAUCAAAAUGGAACUCAACGUGGAUCAUUAUCCAAAAGUCCUAAGCCUAACUUAUCUCUAGCAGAUGGUAAGAAGAAAGUGGGUAAGAAAUUUGGUGAUUCCCAUCUUGUUGGGAAGGCUCUUGGUAUUUCAUAUUCUAGUCCCUCAACCACUGGCCCAGAAAAGAGAGCUGAUAAACAGCCUAGUGAGAAUCACCCUGGUGCUCAGCCAGUUGCUGCGGUUGGCUCUGCAAGCUCUAAUGUUGCAAAAAUGUCCUGGGACACUCGUAAUGUGGGUUCCAAUGGAAGUCCAUCCGGGAUGAUUUUUAAUGGUUUUAGAUCUCCUAGUUUGUAUCCCAUGACUGGGUUGCCUUUGGUAAAAAACACUAUCCAACCUCAAUACACUCCUGUUGGGAUCCAAUUGAAAAGGAGCCAUAAUCACAGUGAUGGGGCAGCAGCUAUUUUCCACAGAGGUGUUCGCUGUGAUGGUUGUGGGGUUCAUCCAAUAACUGGCCCUAGGUUCAAAUCUAAAGUAAAGGAGGACUAUGAUCUCUGCAUCUUAUGCUUUGCACAGAUGGGAAAUGAUGCUGAUUACAUCAGAAUGGAUCGUCCUGUUACUUACCAUCAUCCCAUAGCUUUCAAGGGUUUACAUGAUCCUCGUGAUAUCUUUCGAGGCUGUGGGGUGAAAUCGCCUAAGCUGGAAAGCCGCUUCACGCUGGAUGUCACUGUACUUGAUGGUACUAUCAUGGCUCCAUUGACUCCAUUUACCAAGGUCUGGAGAAUGAGGAACGAUGGUAAUAUUGUCUGGCCACAAGGAACACGACUUGUUUGGAUUGGGGGAGAUAGAUUAAGUGAUGCAUUCUCUGUUGAAUUACAGAUUACUUCGGUUGGCUUGGCUGUUGACCACGAGCUUGAUGUGGCAGUUGAUUUUACUGCUCCUGAGCUUCCUGGUAGGUACAUCUCCUACUGGAGGAUGGCCUUGCCUUCAGGUCAGAAGUUUGGGCAGCGUGUGUGGGUGCUUAUCAAGGUUGAUGCUGCAAUGGUGCCAAAAAAGGAGUUUCUUUAUGAAGCUCCUCAGGAACUGGACUUGAAUUUUCCUCCGGCCAGCAAUGGAAUAGCUGGUUCUGAAACUAUUAAUGUGAAUGCUGACACCACUUCUCAGGACCUGAACUUGAAUUUUCCUCCGGCCAGCAUUGGUAUAGCUGGUUCUGAAACUAUCAAUGCGAAUGCAGACUCAACAAUGGAGGAUAUCAUUCCUGAGCCUAAAAUCUCAGACCCUACCAUGGAAUUGGUUGAGCCGGUUGUUAAUGGAAACAGAAACAAGGAGCAGGAGUCGUACAUUUCUCCUUCUGCAGCUGGUUCAUCAAUUUCAAAUCCCAUUGAUUUAUCCGAGGCAGCACCAGCUGUUACUUCUGCUGUACCACCCUCUGUCGCAGAGGUGCAGGCAUCUUCACUGGAUGGCGGAGAAAUCAGUGAUGUCGAGAUGAGCCUUCUCAAGGAACUGGAGCAGAUGGGUUUCAAACAGGUAGACUUAAACAAAAACAUCUUGAGGAUGAAUGAGUAUGACUUGGAACAAUCAGUAGACGAUCUUUGUGGUGUAUCCGAGUGGGAUCCUAUCCUUGAGGAGCUGGAGGAGAUGGGUUUCCUCAACAAAGAGAUGAACAAGAAGCUGCUCAAGAAGAAUAAUGGCAGCAUCAAGCGUGUUGUGAUGGAUCUUAUUGCCGGAGAGAAUUAGGAGCUAGUUAAGUGGUACAUGUUGCAAUAUAUGAUGCUUUAGGUAGAUUAUCCUUUAAAAACGCUUUCAGUAGACUAUGCUUUAAGUUAACUUGCUAGACUAAACAGGGUGGUUCUGGUGACUUUGUCUCCUUCAGGGGUUUUGCACAUUGAUAUACGCACUGAAACUUCUUAAAGCAUACUGAACUUGCACUGUUUUUUUAAUAACAAUUGCUCGCCGUGCGUUAUAAAUCUGUGAUGCCAGUUUUGAUGAA